UUUAAGGUAUUUUUCGUUUUGAGAAAGAAGCAAAGUCAGAUUACUUUUCUUCAUGUUUACCAUCAUACUAUCACGGCUGUCUUCUCGUGGUGCUAUUUGAAAUUCCUGCCUGGUGAACAAGGUGUUAUCAUAGGUUUCUUGAAUUCAUUGGUCCAUGUUAUUAUGUACAGUUAUUAUUUCAUCGCGGCUCUUGGCCCUAAGUACAAAAAGUAUCUCUGGUGGAAGAAAUAUAUGACUUGGAUUCAGCUGGUGCAGUUUGCUUUAAUGUUAGUCUACUUAGUACUAACAUUAAUCUUGGAUUGUCGAACACCAAAAGCUCUAACUUAUUUCUUCACAAUAGUCGUAAUAAUCUUCAUGUACCUAUUUAGUGACUUUUAUCGUCAAGCAUAUAAAAAGAAAAUAACUUAAUUAUGAAUGUUACAUGUUGCAAACAAUCAGUAAAUACAAAAAAAUAAU